AUGCAGUAGACGAGUAUUUACUGACAUUUAAUUCAGAAUUGCGUAUUGUUGUUGUGAUAGUAGAACCUGUUAAAAAUAUAAACAAAAUGCCCAAGGUGGUAUCGAGGAGCAUAAUAUGCUCAGAUACGAAGGAUCAGGAAGAAUACAGCGAGGAAAAGCCACUCCACAUUUAUUACUGCCUCUGUGGACAAAUGACUUUAAUUUUGGAUUGUGCCAUUGAAAAGUUACCCCUUCGCAAACGAGACGGUACUAGAGUUAUUGAUGGCAGUAAGCACGCCCACAAAAUGACGAGCGAGGUGGAUGAGAUCGUGUACCUGAAACGAGCUGAAGGAAUUGAGAAACAGCACAGACAAAAAUGCAAGAAGUGUGGCCUUCUACUCUACUAUAAACAUGAGCCAGAUUCAAAUGUUGUUUUCAUUGUAAAAGGGGCAGUCAUAAAGAGUUCCGGAGAAGGACCCAUGACUGACAUAUACAAUCAAGUAGCUGUUGAAAAACCAAAGAAAAUUAUGGUUACAAAACACACAAAGAAUAUGGGCAAGUUCAGUUCGGUUACUGUUUCAACCAUUGAUGAGGAGGAGGACGAAAUUGAGGCGAGAGAAGUUGCUGAUUCGUAUGCCAACAACGCGCGCAUUAUAGAAAAGCAGCUAGAAAGAAAAGGCAUGAAUAAACGGAAGGCUAUGCCCCCACCUGAGGUGGAACCAAAAAGAACAAGGCCUAGGGGGACAUUGUUGGAUAUUUGAUUUCAUUAUCAUUCAUUUUAUAGACUGAUUUUAAUAAAUAAAUUCCGCAAAUAUAUUCCUGCUCAUCGCAA